AUUCCAUUGCAGACUCAGCGUGGAAUCUGCGGACCUUGGAUCCCAGAUGAUGGCAAGAUUGUAACUCACACAGUCUCUCAGGCAGGGAAAAUGAGCCAGCUCAACUGGACUAGCAAGGUUGUAUUGGUCCACCUGGGUGUGACGUCUUUGAUUGCUCACAUCAAAGUUGGUCAUUUUCAGGCUGCUUUAGAGGCAAAGUCCACUGUUAUAAGCAGCACAGUGUGCGGAGAUGGCAUCUGUAGCCCCGAGGAAAACUGUGCCUUGUGCCCUGCUGACUGUGGUCCCUGCCCAAUGCCAUCAUCCAUUAAGAUUGCUAUUGUCCUGCCCCUGGCUUUAUUCUGCAGUGGCUUUAUAUUGGCACUUGUGUGGUUUCAGUAUCAGAAGCAGAAGAUGCUUUGGGAUGAAAGUUGGAUUCUUACUGUGAAAGAUUUACCAGGUGGCACAUUCCAUUGCGGACUUGGCAGUACAAUUAGUUUGAAAUGUAAUCAGAACUCACAGCCUGGCCAUCGACCUGAAAUGUUUGCCAAUACUGUAUUUAUAUGUGGUUCAUCUACAGACAACUUCAUGCAGACAGGCAUAUAUGAUGGAAGAAUUGUAGCUGUUAAAAGAAUAUAUAAGAAAAACUUUACCAUUUCUAAAACAGUUAGAAAAGAAGUUCAGCAUGUCAGAAAGCUGGACCAUCCAAAUAUAUGUAAAUUUAUUGGAGGAUCUGUGGAGGGGAACAUUUUCAUAAUUACAGAAUAUUGCCCCAAGGGAAGCCUUGCUGAUGUCCUUUUCAAUGAUGAUAUCCCUUUAAACUGGGGAUUUAGAUUAUCAUUUGCUACAGACAUUGCUCGUGGUAUGGCAUAUCUUCAUCAGCACAAAAUCUAUCAUGGGAGAUUAACUUCACGCAACUGCAUUAUUGAUGAUCGAUGGGUUUGCAAAAUUUCUGAUUAUGGUUUGAUGGUUUACAGAAGGGAUGAAUUUAAGGAAAUAAUGGAGAAAAAGCCUGCAAACAUUUACUGUCCUCCAGAAGUCAUGAAUAGUGACAGCAAAUGGGUCAUGCCAACAGCAUCAGCUGAUGUUUACAGCUAUGCCAUUAUCCUUGUUGAAAUUGCCAGCAGAUGUGACCCAUUCCCCGGAGCUAUAUACAUGAAAGAUGCUUCAUGGAGACCACGUAUUCCAGACCUUAGCGCUGGCAAAGCUGACCAUGACUGUCCAAACCAGGCUGACUAUUCUGAGCUAGUUAAGAAAUGUUGGGCUCAUAAUCCCCUGUUAAGACCAUCAUUUGAGCACAUAAGGAAGACCCUGGAAAGAAUGAAUCCUCAUAAAGUCAGCCCAGUGGACAUGAUGAUGAACUUGAUGGAAAAAUACAGCAAGCACCUGGAAGCCGUAGUUGCAGAAAGGACUCAAGAUCUUUUGCAAGAAAAACAAAAGACUGACCGUUUACUGUACAGUAUGCUACCUAAGCCUGUAGCUGAUGAUUUACGUCAAGGCCUUAUGUGUGAAGCCCAGAGCUAUGCUAAUGCCACUGUCUUUUUCAGUGAUAUUGUUGGUUUCACUUCCAUCUCUAGUGCCAGCACACCAUAUCAAGUAGUGGACUUUCUAAACAAGCUGUAUACAAUCUUUGAUGAUAUUAUAGAUAAUUACGAUGUUUAUAAAGUUGAAACCAUUGGAGAUGCAUAUAUGGUUGUAUCAGGGGUACCUAAAGAAAAUGGAAUUAAACACGUGGCUGAAAUUGCUAGCAUGGCCUUAGAUCUUGUAUCUGUCUGUCACAGUUUUAAGAUUCCACAUAUACCAGAUAGAAAUCUGCAAAUUCGAGCAGGGAUACACUCAGGUCCUGUGGUUUCUGGAGUGGUUGGAACUAAAAUGCCCCGCUACUGUUUAUUUGGAGACACAGUCAACACAGCUUCCAGAAUGGAGUCUACAAGUGAAGCUUUAAAAAUCCAGUGUAGUUCCAGUGCAGCUGAACUGCUCCAAAAAAUUGGUGGCUACAUCCUUACAUGCCGUGGAGCCUUAAACGUAAAGGGGAAAGGAGAAAUGACAACCUGGUGGCUUGAAGAAAAAGAAACCCAAAAAGCUGAAAAAAUUUAACCACGCUAAACCAUGUUUAUACAUGUAUAUGAUGAGUGUCCCAUAAUCAUAACUUAUGUUCAGUCUACAUUGCAAAGUUUUAACAUAUUUUCGGAUUAGAAUUCCCACUAAAAUACAUGUGUCUUGUAAGACAUAAAAGAUUAGAUGUAAUUACCAUGUUGUGCUGAUUGAUCUCUUAAGUAGUUCAGUAGUUUAUAUAAUAUAAAUUAUUUGAAAAAAUACAUUAUUUCACAGAAGCGUAUACUGUAGAUUGAAUUAUGCAAUGCAAAUAUCCUAAUAAAUGUAUCUAGUUGAUCUCAA